AUGGUGAUCAGACCUGUUGUUUUGUAUGGUUCGGAAUGUUGGGCCACCAAGGUGACGGAUGAAAGGCGCCUGCCUGUUGCGGAGAUGAGGAUGCUUCGAUGGAUGUGUGGAGUGACAAGGAUGGAUAAGAUAAGGAACGAAUAUGCGAGAGGAAAUCUCAAGGUAGCACCAAUCAUAGGAAAAUUGGAAAGUAAUAGGCUUCGAUGGUAUGGUCACGUUAUGAGAAGGGAGGAAAAUAAUAUUGUAAGAAAGGUUAUGGAUGUCAAAUUGAAUGGGAAAAGAAAUAGGGGCAGGCCGAAGAAGAGGUGGAUUGAGUGCAUUAGACAGGAUAUGGCUAAAAAGGAGGUAUCAGAUCGGUUAACAUCAGACAGGGAGAAGUGGAAGAGACUGACAUGCUGUACCGAUCCCACAUAA